AUGGGUCGCUCUCAGGAGCUCAGUGAAUUCAAGCAUGGUACCUUGAUAGGUUGCAACCUGUGCAAUAAGUCCUUCUGUGAAAUUUCCUUGCUACUAAAUAUUCCACGGUCAACUGUUAGUGGUAUUAUAACAAAGUGGAAGAAACUGAGAACAACAGCAACUCAGCCACGAAGGGGUAGGCCACGUAAAAUGACAGAGUGGGGUCAGCACAUACUGAAUUCCAGUGAAGGGAACUCUUAAGGUGUCCACAUACCAAGACAUUUUAGACAAUUUCAUGCUCCCAACUUUGUGGGAACAGUGUGGGGAUUGCCCCUUC